AUGGAAGCCGGAAACUAUACUACCCGUAUAGCACGUGUUUUCGCCGAAGGUAGCGCGUGUUUUCCACCAACAUUCUUGACCGCAAUCGAAUACACUAGGAACGCAGAGGAGUCGUCCUCGGCUCAGGGCCGACUCGCGCAUCCCACCGUCGAGGACAUAACUCCCAAGUCGGCGGCCGGUAUCGACGAGGUGGUGUCUAGUGAUGAGAGCGAUGAUGAAGUCUCCGAGAAUCAGUCCGACCAGGAUGACACCUAUGUGGAGGGUGUGCGGCCAAGUCGGAAGCGGAAGGAAGGUCCUGCUACUAACGAGAAGACCACGAACAAGAAGCAGAAGACUACUGAUCAUCUAAGGAAGAGACCGUACCCGAGUAACUUUCCGCUAAUAACCGAGGAGACAUCUGCCGUGAAUGCCUAG